CCUUCAUCCCUUCAACAUCAACCUGGCCUGGAUCAAUCCAUCUUUGUACCCAAACUCGAGACUUACUUGGACGGCACAUUCGCAGCGCUCGUUGUUAUCUUUACCCUGAAGUCUGUGCCCACUCAACCCGGAGCUCGAAUGAGCAGCAGGCUAUAGGUGCUCCUGUCGCCCUCGACUGGUCAUUCCUGCUGAACAACACCCGGGCCCCCUCUCUAGGCUUACCACAGUAACCGCCGAACUCGUUCGACACAUCUUUGUCUUCAAAACAAAGCCUUUAACUCACGUAUCGAUCGAGGAUUAUUUCUCAAGUCCUCAAAGUGUUCCGAUACUGGAGACAGGUUUAUAUUUUCCAACCAAAUACGUCAUGUCGUCGCCCUGGCAACAUCGGCCAGAAGUCGUGGUGGAUAGAGUGCUGAAAAGGGCAGAAGUAAGCAAGAUUGCACGAAAACUCCAAAACCGGCUCGCCCUUGCUCAGUUCAAGACGAAACAUGGCUGGGAAGAUCUCGCCUUUGAUACCAUCGAGCCCAAACUGGAAGAGGAGAUGCGGCGGAAGAAGUUGUCUGAAGGGGAUGUACUGUCAGAUUCCUCCUCCAACACAUCCGACCUCCCAUAUCCAACAAAGGUAUUGAUGAGCUCGCCUUUGAAAGCUCCGCUGUUUUCCGAUGCCAUUGGAUCGAGCGGCGGCACUCCUGGCCAGCGUAAAAGGACGUACCUAGCCUCCUUCGACCAGCAGGCCUUUUCCAGCCCCAGCAAACGCUUACGUUCGUCUCCAACCGCAUACAAGUCUCUUGAGACUCUUUCUUCGCUCAGGGGAAACCAUCAUCAUUUUACUCAGUCGUCGCCCAUCAAGCCUAGGCGGCAACAGCACUUCACAACCUCGACGGGCCCAGACGUCUCUUUGUAUCAAUCCACCCGAUUCUUCCCACACGACCUCGCAUCUUCUACCCUAGGCCCCUCUGAUGACGAGGACGACCUCCCCAUUCAUUCUUUUCGGUCGGCCAACGUUCGAUCCUCUCCGCCUACGACUCCUCCUAUGCGCAAUCGCGGUCUGCCCGGGCCUCACGGCAAAGACAGGAUAUCCUCCAACGCCAAUGGCGCUAAAACUGGAGAGGAGGGAGCCGACCUGUUGCUCUACCUUGCGACUUCACCAUCGCCCGCAAUGCCGUCUACAAGGACCAGAAUGGAGCCACCUUCUACGCCGCCAUCCAAGGUCGGUCGCGACAUGGCACUUCCCUCUUCGCAUAUGACGACACCUGGCGGUAGCAAUCCUUUCCCCAACACUCCUGGACAGGGCUUCGACUUCUCCGAUUUUGUCAACAUAACCCCCAGCCCGGCCCAAAAAUCCUGGAAGACGCCAUUGAUGCUUUCGACAAGUAGAACUCCCCGCGGUCUAGCCAGGAGGCGACUCUCAUUCGAGAGCCCUUUACCCUGACUUCAGACGCAAGUUCCGGACUCCAGCUCAUCGGCAGCGGUGAUAAUUCUACCAUGGCUCGUGGCAGGCAGUGUUAUACUGCACGUGGCAGGCGAGCUACUUCACGGCGAGUCUAGACGAUUAGAAACUUACGGUUCAAGCUAGGAAAGGAGGUGUUUGAGCACGGCGAUAUUUUAUUCGUUAUGUCGUGGAGAAUGCUGCACGGUCAUUUGCCAGUGGAUAAUGGAUGUUACGCAGACGUUUCCAAAUCCUGACGAUGUAACGGGUUGGGGGCGAUUGAGCAAUCUGAGGGGCAAUGGCUGCACAGUCUUUGAUUUUGACUGAACUGCUGAGAAGCUACAUAAUAUAGUUCAUCGGUGUAGGAAUGUAGCAUGAAUCUAUGACUACCUGUAGUAUUUGUACUAAAGGCGGGUGUGCAGAGUACGGAUACCCGAUAUACAUUUCUACACUACGUG